AGUGUCCGGACUGGAGGGGUGAAAGAAGUGUCCAGACUGGAAGGGGGGGAAAGUGUCCGGGACUGGAAGGGGGGGAAAGUGUCCGGACUGGAAGGGGUGAAAGUGUCCGGACUGGAAGGGGUGAAAGUGUCCAGACUGGAAGGGGGGGGAAAGUGUCCGGACUGGAAGGGGGGUGAAAGUGUCCGGACUGGAAGGGGGGGAAAGUGUCCGGACUGGAAGGGGGAGGAAGUGUCCGGACUGGAAGGGAGUGAAAGUGUCCGGACUGGAAGGGGGUGAAAGUGUCCGGACUGGAAGGGGUGAAAGUGUCCGGACUGGAAGGGAGUGAAAGUGUCCGGACUGGAAGGGGGUGAAAGUGUCCGGAACUGGAAGGGAGUGAAAGUGUCCGGACUGGAAGGGGGUGAAAGUGUCCGGACUGGAAGGGGUGAAAGUGUCCGGACUGGAAGGGGGGUGAAAGUGUCCGGACUGGAAGGGAGUGAAAGAGUCCGGACUGGAAGGGGGUGAAAGUGUCCAGACUGGAAGGGAGUGAAAGUGUCCGGACUGGAAGGGGUGAAAGUGUCCAGACUGGAAGGGGGGGAAAGUGUCCG